AUGACAACUAAUCCAAAGAAUACUGCAACUGAAUUAUCUUAUCAAUUAAACGAUUCGGGAGCAUCAGUUCUGAUCGUGCAUCCAAAAUGUCUUGAAGUCGCUAUUGAAGCUUUAAUCGAUGCAAAAAUUCCUACCUCUAGGGUAUUGUUAUUUGGCGAUAAGGAAAUAAAAGAAUAUAGACCUUACCGCUCUAUUUUAAUCGAUAAUCAUGAAAUUGAACCGAUUUAUUAUUCUCCUGAAGAAGCAAAAUCAACGACUGCUUAUUUACUUUACAGUUCUGGAACAACUGGAAAGCCAAAAUGCAUCGAACGUACUCAUGCAAACGUAGUCGCUAAUUUGACUCAAUUAAUUAUUGCAGAUGGUAAAAUUGGACCACACAGUAUAACUAUGGGAACCACAGGUGCUACUACAAUCAUUCAUUCAAGUAUCGACGUGGAAAAGUUUUGUGAAUUUGUUCAAAAAUUUAAAAUUAAUCAUAUUUAUGCUGCACCGCCAAUUAUACUUGAACUUGUCAAUAAUCCAUUAGUUCAACAAUUUGAUUUAUCAAGUAUGAAUACGAUUAUAAAUGCGGGAGCUCCGUUAAGAGAUGAGUGGAAAAAAAAAUUUUAUAAUUUGUUUAAAAUACCAAUUUUGCAAUGUUAUGGUCUUAGUGAAACGUGUGUAGCAUUACAUUAUCCUGAUACAUCGAGAAAUGCAGCUCCAGGUAUUAUGUCAUUAAAUGGAACUCUUCUUCCAAAUAUGGAAACUAAAAUAUUAUCAGAAGAUGGUCGUGAAUUAGGAUACAAUGAAUCGGGAGAAUUGUGGGUUCACGGUCCAAAUAUCAUGAAGGGAUAUUUUAAUAAUAAAGAAGCUACAGAUGCUGUCUUUGAUAAAGAUGGAUUUUUUAACACAGGAGAUAUUGCAUAUGUUGAUGAACAAGAGUUAAUAAGAUACAAAGAUUUUUACGUGCCACCUUCUGAACUGGAAUCGAUUCUCCUCACACAUGAUGCUGUAUCAGAUGCAGUAGUAGUAGGAUAUUAUUCUGAAGAAGAGGCAACUGAAAUUCCUAUAGCAUAUGUGACAAUUAAAAAUGUGCAUGAGCAAUCCCAAGCUUUAGCAAAGGAAAUUCAAUCUUUUGUAGAUGACAAGGUCGCGCCACAUAAACAAUUAAGAGGUGGUAUAUUGUUUAUUGAUAAAAUUCCAAGAUGUGAUGGUGGUAAAAUCCAAAGAAAAUUAUUAAGAGAGAAAUUGAUGAAUAAAGAAUGA